UUUUAACUUCAGUGUGUUGGAAUUAUAGUUUUGAUUGUUUAUUACACAUCAAGUCCGCCGUAUUCACUUUAAUUGAGCUAACGUCAGUUGAAGCGACACCAAGAAUAUCGUUACUUUUCAAAAACUCCAUGAUUGACAGUGAUACGGAUGAAUUUUCACAACAUGUAUCGUGUACAAUUGUACCUUAUGUAGAACAACAACCUGUAGCUGGUAUUGAAGUUUACUUCCUGAGACAAUUGGCUAAUCCUUUUCGUGUUGCCUGGACUCUUAUCAAGUUGGGGUAUGAACCAUUGGCACCAGUUCAGUUCAGUUCGCCUCUUGUUCUAUUUGGUUUAUCAUCUCCAAUUUAUGUCUAUCCGAAUUUCUUUAAGUAUACCUAUCAUUUAAUGAAAACAAUAGGUGUUUGGAAUGUGCUGUCAACAGGAUUGUUUGCAAAUGCUACACAUGAUUUUAUUGUGGAAAUAUUUCGCGCAGCGUUUAGACGAAGAACAAAUAUAUGGAUGCGAACAGAAAAUAAUUUUCACAAUAAAAAACAGAUCGUCAUUCAUACUACUACUAAUCAACAAACCAAUAAAGAAUUUCAGGCUGAACGACUUUUGGAAGAGUCAAGACUUUCAGUUUUCUUUGAAAGAUUUACUGAGAUAUUAUCACUAAAACUUUGGGAAGUCUUAGUCAGUCAUCCAUUUUAUGUGAUUACUGUUCGACAGAUUGCAGCUUUGAUUGGCAAGGAAACUCAGUAUACAUUUUUUCCUAUGGCUGUUCGAGCUGUUUAUCGUGAAAAUGGUAUUUUAGGAUUUUUCCAGGGUUUUAUACCACGUUUAAUUGGUGAAAUGAUUUUAACAUCAGCUUAUUAUUGUUCUUGUCGUCUGGUCAGAUUAUUAAUAUUUGGAUUAGGUAGAAGGUCUACUGAAAAUAUGAAUAUUUUACGUGUAUUAUUAUACUAUACAUUACAUAAUUAUACUUAUCCAUUUGAAUUAACCGGUUGUGUUAUGGCUGUACAUGGUGCAAAUUUAAUUGGUGCUACUGAAUCGAAUUCUUUUCAUAAUUGGUAUGAAUGUCAACGUUAUCUUAGUCAAAAUCAACAACUAAUUCGUGGUUGGCGUCCAUUUCUACGAAGUCAUGUUCAACAAAUUCAUUUACUAAAAUUAAAAAGUUAAUUUAAUGAAUUUGUGUAUUAUUACAUAAAUAAUCUAUUGUAAAAAAACAAACAUCUUGCAUAGAUGUUUCAUUGUAUUAUUGUACCCCAUUCUUCUAGUCAAUAUGUUUAAUGUAAUUUUUGUAUAGUUUCCAUAUACAUUAGAAAAAUUGAAUAAAGCUUGUAGCUGUGAUUAAAAUGAAAUUUUAUGCUCAUCCACCCCAUUCACUCUUCCCCACUACCCCAUCCCGAUUAUUUCUGUAAACAAUAAUGGUAGUGGAUCAAGUAGUGAAUCAAGUUAUGUUAAUGAUUUAAGUAUUCCAGUCGUCGUCGUCGUCGUCGUCGUCGUCAAGAUUUCAGCAGAAAUUCAACAUUGAAUACCUAGAAGUUAAUAAUAAUAAGAGGAAGGGAGGGAAGAAUUCGGAAUGAUAACAUGAACAGAAGAAAAAAGAAAAACAACAAGAAGAAAACUUAUUUCAGGGUCAUCAAUGAAUGAUUAACUAAUCUAUUUCCCUUUCACUUGAUUUAUUAACUUUAAUUGUAUGGUAAUCAUAUUACAUCAUUCUAUUAAUCACUAAGUAGGUAUUAUGUAUCUAAGUAUAAAAAAUAAAUUCUAUCAGUAAAUAACCUGAAAUGAUCAUCAUAUCAAACUGUCAAAAUGAUCAUCA